UAAUUAUUCCAUGUAAAAUUACUGGUCCACAAGACAAAAUGGCAGCCUCCAGCAAGGAAGAAUAUUUGAAAAAGUAUUUAUCUGUCAACGCAGAAGAAAAAAAGAAAAAGAGGAAGAAAAAACCUGGAGUUGCUCCGGCGAAAAUAAUUCGAUCAAGAAUUGUUGAUGAUGAUGUUGACUUCAGCAGCUUAUUGCCAGAGAAUUUAGCUAACACAUUGGAAGAGGAUGUUGGUGAUAAUGAUCCUCAAGUUGCUGAUUUUGUAGAUGAGAGACCAGAGAUUGUGAAACAGUUAGAGGCAUACAGAAAAUCAGGAGCAUGGAAAGUUCUUGGCAAAGAUGAAGAAAAUAGACAUGAUUCAGAUUCUGACCAAUCACCAAGAAGAAGACAAAGGCAUGAUUCAGAUUCUGACCAAUCACCAAGAAGAAGACAAAGGCAUGGUUCAGAUUCUGAUCAAUCAAUACCAAGAAGAAAAAGACAUGAUUCAGAUUCUGACCAAUCACCACCAAGGAAACAUAAAAAAAACUCUAGUAUAAGUAUUGAAAGAAAGAGAAAAACAGGUGAAAAUACGAGCAAUAAAUCAAAGUCAAAGAGUGAUAGUGACCAAUCACCUAGAAGGCAAAGGCACGAUUCUGACAGUGAUCAAUCGCCUCCAAAGAAGCGGAGGCAUGAUUCUGAAAGUGACCAAUCACCUCCAAGGAGGCGGAAACAUGAUUCUGAUAGUGACCAAUCACCUCCUAGAAGAAGGAGGAAUGAUUCUGAUAGUGACCAAUCACCUCCUAGGAGGAGGAGACAUGAUUCUGAUAGUGACCAAUCACCUCCUAGAAGAAGGAGGAAUGAUUCUGAUAGUGACCAAUCACCUCCUAGGAGGAGGAGACAUGAUUCUGAUAGUGACCAAUCACCUCCUAGAAGGAGGAGGAAUGAUUCUGAUAGUGACCAAUCACCUCCUAGAAGAAAGAAAACUGGUACAGGAUCUGAUCAGUCUGUACCAAGACGAUCAGCAUCAAAUAAAAAUGGAAAUGGUAAUGAAAGUGCAAUAAAGUCAAAGACUGAUAAAACCCUGUCUGGAAAAAGGGCAGGUUUAUCCUCUGCCCAGGAAAUGAGAAGAGAAGCAGAAGAGUUAAAAAAGAAGGAAGAUGCCAAAUUUAAACAGAUAUCAGAUGACAGAUUAGGGAAAGGUGCCGCUACAGUAUUUAGAGAUAAAUCAGGAAGGAAAAGAAAUCUAGCUGAGGAACGCCUUAAGGAAUCUGAAGAAGCAGAGAAGAAAGCAAAAGAAGAUGAAAAAUUUCAGAGUUGGGGGAAAGGAUUAAAGCAGAUAGAGAAUCAGGCGAAACAAGUUGAGGAGGCAUUACAUGAAGCAAAUAAACCCUUAGCACGUUAUAAAGAUGAUGAUGAUCUAGAUGAAAUGUUACGUAACAUGGAUAGGGCUGAGGACCCUAUGCUGGCUUUUAUAACAAAGAAAAAGAGCAAAAAUGCUGGACCUGCAAAAAAAGAGAAACCACAAUACAAAGGUCGAGCUCCACCACCAAACAGAUUUGGCAUAAUGCCAGGUUAUCGAUGGGAUGGUGUAGAUCGUUCUAAUGGGUUCGAAAAACAAGUUUACGCAAAACAAGCUGAGAAGAAGGCUGUCUCGGAACAAGCGUAUAAAUGGAGUGUUGAGGAUAUGUGAAAUUGUCUGUACUUCAUAAGAACAUCAUGUUUUAUUCCUAGGUUGAUAUUAAUUCUGUUAAAUUUAAUCAUGCAUAAGAAAUUGUGAAGCAGAAAUUUUCAAGGAAAGAGAAGGCAGAGUAAAGGAGUUUGAAAUUACAAACAAUAAAAAACAAAACUGUUUCACUUUAUAAUGAAUAUUAAAAUGAUUUUAUCUUUGCUUUCUUAACAGGAAUUGAAGGUGCAGCAUGUUGUCUUUCAAUAAAAUUUUGUAAUUUUGUUCUUUAAAAUGUUGU